AUGAUAAUGCCGACUUCAGCAUCAUCCCCUACGACAUCAAAAUCAACAACAUCAGUAACAACUUCAACAGCGUCCUCUACGACAUCAAAAUCAACAACAUCAGUAACAACUUCAACAGCGUCCUCUACGACAUCACAAUCAACAACAUCAAUAACAACUUCAACAGCGUCCUCUACGACAUCAAAAUCAACAACAUCAGUAACAACUUCAACAGCGUCCUCUACGACAUCACAAUCAACAACAUCAGUAACAACUUCAACAGCGUCCUCUACGACAUCAAAAUCAACAACAUCAGUAACAACUUCAACAGCGUCCUCUACGACAUCACAAUCAACAACAUCAAUAACAACUUCAACAGCGUCCUCUACGACAUCACAAUCAACAACAUCAAUAACAACUUCAACAGCGUUCUCUACGAUCAAAAUCAAACAUCAGUACAAACAGCGUCCUCUACGACAUCACAAUCAACAACAUCAGUAA